AUGAAUACAAAGGGAUUGAUUCAUAGUGCAAGUACAAAUAGUACAGCGACAACUACAUCAACAAACACUACUACAUUGUCACCAUCGGCAUCAUCAUUGUCGAUUGCUCCACAUGCCAAUGGAAGUACACACGAUCUAGAGGACAAGUACAGUGAUACGGCACUCUACCCAUCGCCACCUAGAUUCGAUAAAAUCAUUCCUCUUGAUGAAAGAUAUAUUACUCAUUCAACCUUUUUAAAGAAUAAAUCUUCUGAAACAACAUUUAUUGGAUUAUUAACAUCAUCAAGAUUAUACAAGGUUGAUCCAGACACUAACAAAAAGAUAUGGUCUAUUGAUUUAUUGGAUAUUCAUUCGGUAGAGGGUGAUGAGUCGGCUGACCCAAAGACAUUGAAAAUAGUGUAUCACGUGCGAAGCAACGAAGAUAAUGGACAUGCUGGUGCAAGUGGAUCACCUGCUGGAUCACGUCUUAGUGGUACCCAUCAUCGUGGUGGUGAUCACCAUAACACAUCUCAUCGAGAUGAAUCCAACAAUCCAGAGACAACUCAUACUGAAUCACCCAAUCUUCAAACACGUAUCAGCAUGUUUACACAGAGUGCAUUGAAACGUGGCAAUGAAAAUUAUAUCCGUGAAAAGUUGUGGGUUGCAGAAUCCGAGGACAUUAGAGAUCAAUGGUUGAUUGCCGUUCGUCUAGUAUCAAGAAACCUAUUCCAAAAAUUCUUUGAAUCCAAUUUUAUCCCUUCUCCUGCAUUCUAUCAAUUACAUCUUUAUGUUUAUAAAAUUAAUAGAAAAGGAAAAACUCAAGUAAGAUGUGUAUUAAUUUCAUCAGAAAGAUUUUAUAAUAUUAGUGUAAAACAAUCUUUGGAGAUUGGAAAGGUAAAAUGGUCAUUCCCAUUGGCAUCGUUAAAGAAUCUACAAAUUUUCAAGAAUCCUCCCAAUCUUUUGAUUGUUCAUAUCGAUAACAAGGAAAAUUCAAAGGUUAAAGAACACCAACAAUUUAUUACAAGGGAUUCUCAUGAAAGAAAUUUAUUGGCAAAUGAAUUGAGGAGAUUAUAUAAUAAAUUAACAAAACAACAACUAAACAAAGAGGAAAAAGAAGAAAAUAGUCAUUACAAAAAGACAUCACUAAAAUUUAUUAUAAAUUGA